UUCUCAGAUGAUUCGAUGAUUCGGUUGCUUCAAACCCCACUUCUCACUCAGGUGCCGUUGGUUUCAUUGACCCAAAGACUGUUCGGAGCUCAUGGACGAAAUGUUGCAUUUACAUUCAGAUCAAGCACUCGUGUAACUGAGAUACUUCAGGAUCGUGUGGAUGUGCCAUCAAAUAGGAACACUCUUAAUGGAUUUAGAACUUUUUGUAGUGGCAAAGAUCUGUCAACCAAGAAAUGUGUGUCAUGCAGCUCUGGGGAUAUGAGGCCCAUGACUGAACAAGCAGCCAAUCAGCUGAUCCAACAGGUUCCUGAAUGGAACUUGACAAAUGAUGGUGGUACGAUGAAGCUGAGUCGAUCAUGGAAAGUAAAGACUUUCUUGAAAGGCUUGGAGUUCUUUCAGGCUGUUGCUAAUGUUGCUGAAGGAGAAGGUCAUCAUCCAGAUCUUCAUCUUGUCGGAUGGAACAAUGUGAAAAUUGAUAUAUGGACACAUUCUGUUGGCGGACUUACUGAAAAUGAUUUCAUACUUGCUGCGAAGAUCAAUGGGCUUGAUGUGCAACACCUUCUGAGCGGGAAACCUGCUAAAUGACUUGAGAUAUAAAUAUUAUGUUUAUGAAAAUGUUAAAAUACGUAACUCUUUUCCUGAGUUUGAAUGUCUGUUAAUAAAUUUUGUCUUUACGAAAAUGUUUGAUGUAUGUGUCUUGGUUUUUUUUUUUUAUGUCAUGCCACAUCAUUAGAGCCAUUAUUAGAGUUCUAAAUUUAAAGCUAUGAAUCAUUGCUCUU